AUGCGUCUCAUAAACACACAGACCCUUGAUUUAGAGGAAUUCUUCGACAUCUAUGUCCCCGAAUAUGCCAUUCUCUCCCAUACGUGGGCCGAUGGCGAAAUCUCCCUCCAAGAAUGGGAUGAUCGCAAGAAUCGACGCUUCAAGCCCGGCUAUCAGAAGAUCGUCUGGACCUGCGAAGAGGCCACCAGAGACAAUCUACAAUAUGUCUGGGUCGAUACCAACUGCAUCGAUAAGACCAGCUCGGCAGAGCUUUCUGAGGCCAUCAACUCCAUGUUCAAAUGGUACCGCCGAGCGCGCAUGUGCUAUGCGUAUCUUGAGGAUGUACCGCAUAUGAGUGUCGCAGAAUGUGAAGAACAGGGCAGCGCUUUUCGAGCAGCAAAGUGGUUUACAAGAGGCUGGACUCUGCAAGAACUCAUCGCGCCACCAGAAGUCAAGUUCUUCUCGCAGGAUUGGCAAUCUAUUGGGACGAAGGCCGACCUGGCGCUAUGCAUCUCUGAAAUCACUGGCAUCGCAUGGACAUGCCUGCUAAAGCCUAAAUUCUCCAAAUCCAAUCCCCUUCGGGGAUACAGCGUCGCUCAGCGUCUUUCAUGGGCUUCUCGCAGAUCAACUACUCGUAUUGAAGACCAAGCCUAUUCUUUAAUAGGCCUCUUUGACAUUACGAUGCCGCUCUUAUACGGGGAAGGCCACGAGGCAUUUACGCGAUUCCUGGGUGAAAUUAUCGGCAAAUAUCCCGAUCACAGUUUCUUCGCCUCACAGCUUCGAUAUGUCGACUUUCUUCCACGAUCGCCAAAGGAAUUUUGUGACUCUCGCAAUGUGGUCAUUGGCAACUCGCCACAGCUGCAGAAACAUUAUACGCCUGUGUCUCACUCAUAUCCAUUUCAGUUAACAAAUACGGGACUGCAAAUAACAUUGCCUAUUGUACCUACUCUGGUGCCGCAUUUCGUGUUUGGUGUUUUAGACUGCUGGGAGUAUGACAUGGAUAGUACCCAGGCUACUCGUUCGGUGUCCCGCAUAUGGAUUCCUCUACUGCAGAAGGACCAUCCAGGCCUCAGGCACUAUUCACGAUUGCUAUGGCCACAGGUCUUUUGUCCGGUUAAACUCAUCCGCAAGCAUAGAUUCAUGCAAGUUACGCAAGUCGAAGAUGGAGAGCAAGGAGGGCAAACAACGGCCACUGAGACAGCUUCAAUACUUGACGUUGUCCAACAUGUUGACAUUGCGUCCAUGGACAUACACAAGAGUAUAUUGAUCAAGAAUCCUUAUGCAACUACAGUAGAUGCUCCUCGCUGGCAGCCCCGUUUAGCCGGUAGCCCAUUUUUGGUGUGCUUCCCGCGAGGCACAGGGGACUAUCGUCUUUUGGGCAUAUAUCCCACCGAGAACAAGGUACAGGAGGCAUCUUGGUCUGCCCAUAAACCACCAUUGCUACCUCUUAUAAUGCCACGGAAGAUAUCACGAAUAAGGAACGCAGACACUGAGAGUGACGGCAGCGAAGCACCAAACGGCGACGACAUACAGACCGGGGUAUACGGUGUGGUUGUUGUCUUUAAGAAGAGAGGAUGUAAACCCGCCAAAUGUACAGCAGUAUACCUAGCCAAUAUACCACAGACGACAGAUGGCUGCACUACAUUCCGACCAAGUUGCAAAAUCAUCCACGGCUGGACCUCUUCGCAGAAGAAAGACUUGUGUGAAGAUGACUUUGAAGACAUGACCGACAUCGACGCAAAGGACAACGUCUUCGUGGCCGCGCAAAAGUUCCCAUGUCCUUCGAAAAACAGUACAGAAGGGUUGGAGCCACGGUUCUUGGGCUUGGUUCAAGUUGUCUUCGAUAAAGCUGAUAUGAUGGAUGAAGUAAGCUUGUCAUCGAGUGGGGGGAUGAGGGCAGCGGAAGGGAUUUUGCAGUACUUCGGUGUCGAGGAUUCGGAUGAAGAAACUGGUAGUAUGAGCACAAACACGAGAGCAAGCCUCCCAAUAUGA